AUGCUGUCGGGCAGCUCCGGGGUGGGCUCGGGGCUGGGUUCCCAGCCCAGCUGCAGUGCCCAGCAGCCACCACCAAGGAACCUCCUCCUUCCCCCGCGGAGCUGCUCGCUCAGCCUGCCCGCCCAGGAGGAUUUCUUCCAGAGCUUCAACGGGGGCUGCUGUGAUGUGAGCAAUGCUUUGGGGGCUGAGCUGGUGGGCUGCAACUACUCCAUCCCCGACCCACAGCUGGUCCGGAGGAUCGUGGCUCAGGUGGAGUUUUACCUCUCGGAUGAGAACCUGGCCAAGGAUGCUUUCCUCCUGAAGCACGUCCAGAAGAACAAGAUGGGCUUUGUCAGUAUCAAACUGCUGACGUCCUUCAAGAAGGUGAAGUACCUGACCCGGGACUGGCGCCUCACGCUCUACGCCCUGCGCUUCUCGGCGCUGCUGGAGGUGAACGAGGAGGGCACCAAAGUGCGGCGCCGGGUCCCCGUCCCCGAGGCCCUGCUGAACGUCCCUCCCAGCAAACUGCUGCUGGCCUGGGAGCUGCUGCCCCAGGAGCAGGAGGUGCUGCUGCUGUCACCACCACCACCACCACCACCGCUCCAGAAGAACUUCCUGGAGACCGUGACGAGGAUGUUCAGCCCUUUCGGGGCCAUCUCCUCCAUCCGCAUCCUGCGCCCGGGCCGCAAGCUGCCCUCGGACGUGCGGAGGUACGCGGCGCGUUUCCCGGAGCUGCUGAGCAAGUGCUGUGCCCUGGUGGAGUACGAGAGCCUGGAGAGUGCCCGAAGGGCCUUCGAGGACCUGGGCCACCAGAGCCACCCGGCUGGAGAGAGCAUCAGGGUGGUCCGGCUCUGCGGGAAGUGCCCCAAGAAGAAACCUGGGGCUGAGAGGGAGCUGGAGGAGCGGCCGGCUCGGAAGGCACAGGCAGCCCCGGGGUUCUCCUGCAGCCUGGGGGGCUCCCUGCUCUGCAGCUCCCCCGAGAAGGAGGGUCCCCUGGCAUCACCUCCCAACCUCCCGCAGAAGGAUCCGCCAGCGCCCGCGUGGCCCAGCAGCGACCGGCCGGGCGCGUUCAGCGAGGCCUUCACCGGGCUGCUCCUGGCCAGCAAGAUCUUCCCCCCGCUGGAGCCCAACGUGGGUGGAGGAUUUGGCCCUACCAAGGACAUCCUGCUGGGAGCAGGGUCCCCAGUAGGAGAGCAGAGUGUGAUGUGGGGGAGUCAGGAUGACAACUGCUGGGAACUGGAGGCCAAAGAUCCCUUCCUGGCCUGGGUCCUGUUAAUUAAACUCUCUGUUAACGAGGCACCUCUGGCUGCAAGAUCCUGCAAGGCCAUCUGUAGAACUUGUGGCAGGGACUGA